GCGGAGACGGAGCCUGACAGGGGCGGCACCACGGCUCGAUCCCCGCUCAGUCCAGUGUGAGGGGUGCGGCGCGAGUAGGAGACGCUGCUGCAGCUGCAGGCUCGUUCGUUCUUCCGUCCACUCCUGGGCCUUGCUGCCGGGAAGCUGCGGCCCCGCGACUCCGCGUGGUGCGGGCUCAGAUUUCUAUAAUUCCAGAAAGAAAAAAAAAUCGACACCUUGCAUCCUGGAAGUUCAUUUAGGACUCUGAAAUUAGGGACUUCUUUCAAAUUUGGACAUGGCUAAUCGAGGAGCAACAAGACCUAAUGGGCCAAAUACGGGAAAUAAAAUAUGCCAGUUCAAACUAGUACUUCUGGGAGAGUCUGCUGUUGGCAAAUCAAGCCUAGUGCUUCGUUUUGUGAAAGGCCAGUUUCAUGAAUUUCAAGAGAGUACCAUUGGGGCUGCUUUUCUAACCCAGACUGUGUGUCUUGAUGACACAACAGUAAAGUUUGAAAUAUGGGAUACAGCUGGUCAAGAACGAUACCAUAGCCUAGCACCAAUGUACUACAGAGGAGCACAAGCAGCCAUAGUUGUAUAUGAUAUCACAAAUGAGGAAUCUUUUGCAAGAGCAAAAAACUGGGUUAAAGAACUUCAGAGGCAAGCAAGUCCUAACAUUGUAAUAGCUUUAUCGGGAAACAAGGCUGAUCUAGCAAAUAAAAGAGCUGUAGAUUUCCAGGAAGCACAGUCCUAUGCAGAUGACAACAGUUUAUUAUUCAUGGAAACAUCAGCUAAAACAUCAAUGAAUGUAAAUGAAAUAUUCAUGGCAAUAGCUAAAAAAUUGCCAAAGAAUGAACCACAGAAUCCAGGAGCAAAUUCUGCUAGAGGAAGAGGAGUAGACCUCACUGAACCUACACAACCAACCA